AUGCGUCGGAUUCGUGAUGUUCAGGAGCUUAAGGCAUGCAUCCAACGUUGUCGACGAGCAGAUCUUGAUAGACUAAUAAAACUUACUAAUCUUCCCCGUGGAGGCCUGAAACAAGAUAUUCAGAUGAGGCUUAUUUCGUAUCUAGAGCAAGAUCCUUCAACAGAAUUCAUUUCUGCCCUCCAUGAACUAAGAACUCUUAUGUAUGGUGCAACUAAUAUCCAAUUUUCUCGACAACGUAACGGAAAUUCUAAUCCACCCUACUCUUCAGAUGAUCCUCCAGCUUCUCUUUUGUACUUAACCGCUGCUGCAAACCGUUCUUUAGAAUUACUGGAGAAUAAUACAGGACCACAUCCAUAUUUAUCAAGUUCAAAAACUAACUAUGGAUGUCAAAAGGAUCAGUCAUUUUGCAAUCUUCCAACUUCACAGUCUCAUCCAAAUAGUACAAGCGUUGUUCAACAGUCAUCCUUUAGUGGUGUAAAUAUUGCGAAAGAAAGGGAGCAACAGUUUCAGAACGAAGACUCGUUUAAUCAGCUUAUGCACAGGUCAUCGCUUUCAGUGAAUCCCAUGAUUAAUCCAUCUGUUUGGGCAGCUUGGACUUCUGCCAAUAAAUUACUACCAGAACAUCAGAGUGCAGCAAACUCACAACUCUGUUCCUCCCAGAGUCCCCAGACUUCUUUUAGCAACUUCCACUCGUGUUCUCGAACUGCCGCUACCUCUUCUCUGUCCACUUCAUCUAGCUCAAAUAUGACAGUUGUUAAUUCAAGUCUGUCUAAGUAUUCUGAAUGUACUCAGUCUACAGUUGGUGCACCUUGCUCUGAAUCAAAAAUAGCUACUAUCACAUACAAAAUAGGGCCACUCAUAACAUUAGCUGGAGCUUUGAGAUUCACAUCAGAUCAAGCAGAGACCAUUACUUAUCAUUGCUGGCGUGGAGCUGAUGAGCGAAUGGAAUUCGGAGUACAAGUGAUUAUGCGUUUUGGUCGUUUAAAUCCUCAAGCUUGUGAAAAUCUUGUACAGACGUAUGAGUUGACUGGUAGUCGUAAGUCGGGUAGUUUUUCCCUGAAUAAGCCAAUCAAGAUUCCACUAGUUGAAGAUAGUCUUCCGGUUCAUUUAAUGAUUCAAGUCAAUGGUCGUUCUGUUCAACUGCCCCCUCUUUUGCCAAGUAAUCGUCCAGGAAUGGAUGGUCGCCGCAACCCUAGACCUAUUAAUAUUACCCAGUCUCUUCAUGUUUCUCCUACUGUUCCAAAUUAUAUCAAAUUGACUUGGACUCAUGAUUACACUAGUUUUACAUACAAUGUUGUUGGGAUAUAUUUAAUGCGUAGACGCUCACCAAAGCAAUUAUGCGAUCUCUUACACUCCACUUCACUUCAGAAUGCUAAUGUAAUGCGAAUGGAAAUAAUAAAAAAGCUAAGCCCCAGUGGUAAUUUUACUAGUGGUUCUGCUGUACAUAACCAGAGUCAUUCCGCAGCACACACUGAUGACGACGAUGACUUAGUCAUGCCGAAUACGCUACCUGUUCAACUUCUCUGUCCCUUAUCCAAAUGCCGUAUUGAAGUACCUGUGCGUGGUCGUAAUUGCCGCCACGUUCAGUGCUAUGAUGCAACAACCUACCUCAUAAUUAAUGAACGUAAACCAACCUGGAAUUGUCCUGUGUGUGAUGGUAAAGCCACCUAUGGAGAUUUAAUAAUCGAUGGCUUGUUUCUUGAAAUUCUAAGCUCGAAACGCUCUCAGGAUCUGGAUGAAAUCAUAUUUCAUGCUGAUGGAUCUUGGUCAGCUAUAGGUGAAGAUAUGGCACAUAAAAAGUCAGAAAAUAAUACUAAUAGUAAUAUAACUGAAUCACCUCCAUGUCGUGAUUAUAACCAACGCUAUGGCUUACUAGAAAGUCCUUACACUAGUCAUAUCACUCCGAAUUCCAUCAUAUCAGCUACUGAUUCAGUUGGUUCUUCUUCAUUUAGACAUUCAUUUAAUACUUUAUCUCCUACUAAUUCAGUCAAUUCUUCGUCUAAUCAACAUACUUCCUGCGUUAGUCAGUUAUCAGAAUCUCCUGCACUUACUGUACGCUCCUCAAGAGUUGCUCCAAUGAUCCGAAAUGAAAUCAGCAAUAUCACUGGUUCAAAUACACCUGCUUAUCACAUGUCAGUUUCUAAGCAAACCUCGCAGGAUAAAGAACAAAAUCAACAAACUGGUCAAGAGCCCUCCUCCUUGACUAUUGAUUUAACGUUGUCUGAUGACGAAAAUGAGCAACAGAAUAAAAGUGUACAAAAUAUUAUAAGUAAUAGUCGAAUCCCCAUAACGGACACUAACUCCUCUGCACGUUUAGUAAAUGCAGUGGCACCAUUACCAUCAUCUUUAUCACCCCAGUUCCCACCCAGCGAAUUUUCACAGUCAACUCUUUGUUCUGAAAAUACUCCUCAAUUUCCACUUUCCUCAAGUAUGACUAGUAAACAGUCAUCAACGUCCCUAUCAAAUGUUUCAUACGUUGAAAGGUGUAAUCAGACAUCAACUGUGCCUACUGUUCAUCCAUUAGAAUCGAAUCUCAUACAAUCGACGUACGUCAGUCGAAGUAUUGAGACGCCUAAUUAUCCUGGCACCGUUACCUCUUCAAAUCCAAAGCAUUUUCCGUCUGCUGGUGAUCGUGAUCUUACGAAACGUUCGUAUAAUGACAGCAUCCACUCCAGUACCCAAAUAGAUGUACCCGUCAGCUUGUCAUCAGUUUCAUUGGUUGGAAGUAAACGCGGCAUUUCAUCAGAACAGGAUUUUCCUCUAUUAAAUUCCCAUGAGGUCGCAAAUCAACCAUUGACAAGUAUUGAAACACGUAGUGGUUUAACUAUCCACUCAGUUUCUUCUCUUUCAAAUGAAUCUAGGCAUUGUACCCUUGCGCCAGUCAAGAUACCCCGAAAUGAAAUAACACACAAUGAAUUUCCUGGAUCGUUUACAACUUGUUACCAGGGUCCCUGUUCAAACAAUGCAACUAUUAAUAAUAAUAGUAAUAACAAUGCGAAAAGAUCUACAAGUAGUCCGGCUUUUUCAGAUUCCUAUAAACACCACAACAAUGCAUCUCGACAACAACAAGUGCAAGGAUAUCACAACAGACCAUCCACAUCAUUCUAUGCAGACCAGUCAUCGAAUCGUUCUUAUCACAAUGAAAAUUCAUCAAAUGGUAAUACUCGUUAUUCAUACCAUAAUCCGAAUGAAUCAAAUAGUAUAAAUAGAGCAUACGGCUGUUAUCCGUCCUCCAGAAAUGUUCAUUAUCCAACCACAGACUCUACUGCGAUAAAUCCACACGGUAGACAAACAUCAUGUAAUGUUCGUAAUCCAUAUUCGUGUUAUGAGCCUCAUUAUAGGAAUUCACCUAGUAAUCCAUCUAUCAGGGACGUACUUCAGUAUAAUUCGCAUCAAAUGAAAUCUUCCGAAUUGUCUAAUUCGAAGUAUUAUAGCAAUUCACUUGAUUCACGUAGAGGAUUUCAUUAA